AUGGAGCGGGGAACGGUUCUGUCCGUUCAGUCCGAGACUUCGCCUCCCCAGGAAACGGAGCUAUACACAACGGGUGCCGCCACGUCGUGCAGCAGUAGUGGUAGUCCCCGUGGUGUGUGUGAUUGCGAGUCUAAGAGCAGCCACUCUGUUGGCACGAAACACGCUUCUGUUGUCGCUGCUGCUGCGGCUGCUGCUCCUCCCGCACCUCCUAGUAGCAACAAUAGCGGCCAUGCCGGUGGUGAUGAUGAUGAUGAUGAUGAAUUUGGUGAGUAUUGUGAAGUGUCCGUGAUGGCGGCAGCAACACCGGAAGUGCCUGUGACGUCACCACGCGAGAAUGCGCUGGUGGUGGCGGCGGCGGCGGCGGUGAUGGUUCCUACCGCUGCUGCGGGGGCCGCCGCGCAGAGUGUCAAGCUUGACGAAACGCCAGCGGGACGCGUGGAUUCCACGCCAGCCAUAGUAACGGGUAACGGUGGGCACAGUGCGCACACGCCGACCACCAACUCGAAUGUUUCACUCCAUGCAUUGGAUGACGCCUUGGUGUCAACGAUUGGUGCGACAGACGGCACGGCGUUGGUGGCGCGCUUUGACGCGAGUACCGCUCAGCUGAUACAGCAGGUGGUGCCGAACGUCGUGAGGAACUCGUUGUCUUCUACGCUCAGCCAGAGCGACACAUUUAAUCGCCUUCUGGAAACGACCAGCGCCAAGUAUGGAAGCCUUUCCACGACUCUCAACACCCACUCCAGUUCCAAUAACGACAGGCACAGCUCCCUGCAGAUGAGCAGUCGCACAGACAGCGGCGGCAGCGGUGGGGUAGUGCUCUCUCUGGCAGGCUCAUCCUACGCUCCUGUUGUGCCGUCGCACGGCUCGGGCAUCUUCACGGUACGCGCCGAUGGGGCCGCAUCACGGGUGUGCGGCCAGCUGGGCAGCAGCAUCUGCAGCACGCCGUUACCACACUGCGUCACCUCCCCCACACGGUCCUUCUCGGUGGUGGCGCCGAGCAUCAGCGGCGACGAGGACGCAGAGAGUGCGGAGCUGCGCGGGGCGUUCCGCGCAGCAGCAUGCAUUGCGCCCAUGUUGAGCGGCGGCGCGGCGCUCGAGGGCACCGGUUUCAGCGAGACGUUCGGCAGCGUGACAGAGACGGUGUACUCUGCAGGCUCGACGGGCUCGACGGAAAAGGUGCUCAAUCUGACAGGGAGUGCGCGCCGCGUGGAGGACAAAGCGGAUGAGCGGGGCAGCAACACGGAAGGACUUACCGGGUCGCGCAAAGCGACGCUCAGAUCGGUUGCACACGCCGCGGUGGGGGACGCAGCCGCUAUAUACAGCGGCCACAGCACGCAGUCGCAGUUGCGACAGCACGACAGGAGUGGAAGCAGCAACAAGAAGAACAGCAACACGCGCCUGUCAUCGCCGCCAGACGCGCCAAUUCCGCUAACGCAGCCUGUUAUUGAUCCCGCGGGGGCACAGUUCAUGAUGUUCGUCGCGAAGAUGAGCGGCGCGAAGAGUCCGCCGCUAAUGCCAUACCCGGGCACGAUGACGCCGUCGCCGCUGCCAAAGGGAGAAAGUGGCGUGGACGACACCAGCGCCGGCUCCUACAUUAGCAACGACGUUUGCGGGUCGGCGACUCUCAACAGCAUGCCGAAGCUCUCGCACACCGCCACUCUCGUCAUCGGAGACUGUGUGGCGCUCUCCGGAUCUCGCAAUGAUGCCAGUGGCGAGAACGCAUCCGUCACGUCGCCUAUAAAUUCCCUCCAAGACACGGGUGGUGGUGGUGGUGAUGAGAAUGGCGAUAGCAAACCUGAUGCCAGUGCCGGAAAGGAGGCCCCCGUGGAUGCAGUAAAUAUAGUGGAGCCCGAGGCACCACAGAUGGAGAAAGUGAAGGAGUAUGAAGAUUGCGAUGACGAUGACUUUGGGGAUUUUGUGGAGAUUGUGCCGCAAUCAGCGGCUGACGCGACGCCCACUCCUGCACCAACAGCGACUGGAGAAGAGUGUAGUGUUGACGACGACGAUGAGUAUGAGGAUGCUGGUACAACAGCGAUGGCGGCUCAUAACCCCAAGGAGGAUCAGCAACAGCGCCAACAGCGGAGUGUGGAGCAAAACGCGCUCUCUUCCACGCUGGGUGCAUCGGAUACAAGCGGCGGGGUUGCCGUGUUGUGCUCGAAGACUGUGCGGUUCACCGGCGAGGCGCCCAGCAUUGUUGAGUCCCCUCCCGCCAACGUGUGGGAGGAGUAUCCUGAGGAGUGGAUCACUAAUGGCACUGGCGACAGCGGUAGUGGGGAGGCAGAAGAAGAAGAAGAGGAAGCGGCGGCUGCAGUACCGGAUGAUAGUGCUGCCGACGAGGACGCGGAAUGGGCUGCAUUCACAGGUGCCUUCUCGGUUCCACUCCCGAUUGGCAGAGGCGUCUCUGUGGGCGCGACAGCUUCUUCACCGAAAUGCGCAGACGGAUUCGUGUUCAGCAGAGACGUUGAUACAGCCUUGUUUGGGCAGCGCCUUCACGACCUUGUUGGGUGUGUGGUAGAUACUAACAGCACAGUAGAGGAGCUGGAGCUGAAGGUCAACAGUGGUGAUGCUCAGCAGCAGCAGCAGCAGCGGUCCAGGAGAUCACAGCUCACCGCUGUGAUGGAGGCGUUGUCGUUCACACAGCUUACUCAACACGGAGACCCGGAGGAAGAAUUGUGUGGUGUAGGCGGCUCGUUUGUGAGGACUGGUGACUUUGCCGGUUCUUUCAGCUACAUGGGGUCACUUAUCGCCCCUGGGGGUGGUUUACUCGACGGUAACGAGGAGACUCCACAGCUGCUGACGCUCACGUUGAGUACGUGCGAUCCUGUUGCGGCACUGCAGAUUUCUGACCGCCGUGCACUGCGCCUCCGCGAUAACCUUGAAUCUGUCCUUCUUUUGGCCAGCCAGCGGCAGCAGCAGCAGCAGCAGCAGCAGCGGCACCCUAUACCCGUCAGUGAGGCCAUUGACAAGGUAAGGGAGGCAGUUGAUCUGCAGCAGCAACAGCUGCAGGAAGCCGGGGAUGAGAACGUUGUGUGGACCGUCCACCCGACUCUGCCGCCACCGCACAUUGGGGAUGGCAAUGCCCCUGCAUCGGCCUUGCGUCUACCGCUCUAA